AUGUAUCUCCCUCGGCAGCUCAUCUCACACCUCUACCUACAACUCCUCCGAUCCCACCACCCACUCUCUCCGCCGGUCCUGAUUCUCGUGGCACUGGAACCAGACGCGCUCUGUGCCUGUCGAAUACUUACAGCUUUGUUGAAACGCGACUAUAUCCCUCACAAAAUCCAACCCGUCGCUGGCUAUGGCGACUUGGCGCGCGCGGGGGAAGAGCUGGUGCGGCCGAUGCAAACCACCAAUGGUGGUAGCGGAGGGGUGGUCGUGUGUCUUGGUGUAGGGGGUCUGGUUGAUUUAGGAGAGAUCCUUGCGCUGAGCAACCCCGAUGACGAAGUGGAGGAUAUGGGCGGCGUGGAGAUCUGGGUGUUUGACGCGCGACGGCCGUGGAACCUGGGGAACGUGUUCGGCGGACAAGCUGGCAUGGGCCAGGCAAUGACCGAAAUCGAUGCUAAUGCGCGACGGCGGGGUCGUGGUGUGGACAAAGGUUGCAUCACUCCUGCUUACACGUCGAAAAAUGGCGGCAUUAUCGUGUAUGACGAUGGAGACAUCGAGGAGGAACUCAGCAGUGAACGCGAGGCAUAUUACGCGUUGUUAGAGAUGCCCGAUGUGGACGACGACGACGCUAGUGACGACGAUGCUGAAGACGAUACGCACAAAGGGUCCAAGAAGCGGAAAUCGUGGUCUGGUCGUGAGGACGACGAAGACUCCGAUGGCGAUGAACCACCCCACCAACGGAGGAGAAGCAACUCGGGAUCUUCCAUUACUUCGUCUCCGUCCCGUCGAAGAAAGACUGGUCUCAAUUCUUCCAACUCAUCGCGAUCUGCGACUCCUACCGAUUCCCCGUCACCAGAAGACACAAAACAACCAUCGGCAAGAUCUUUGAAGAAACGUUUACUUAAUCUCAAGAGAAGACAUGACUCGGUUCUGCAAAAAUACUAUUCUUCCGGAACGUCAUAUUCCGAACCGAUUUCCUCUCUGAUUUACUCGCUGGCAUCCGAGCUCGGACGAGAUGAUAACGACCUGCUAUGGCUCGCAAUUGUCGGUGUUUCUAGCUUGGAACUCAGCGGUCGAACAAUGACCGGAGUGGGAAUUUCCAACACAUCAGAAUCUGGAGGUUCUGCGGGCUGGGGUGGCCAGCGUGGUGAACAUAUCCGCCAAAUACUUCGCGAUGAAGUGCAUCGAUUAAAUCCUCCCGAUCCUUUAGAACGAGAUCGCGAUAUUCGAGGAGAAAUUAAUGGCGUCAUCCCCACAACUGCCCGAUCACCAACUGAUACAUCAAUUCGCCUUUCCCCGGAGCCUAGGUUCCUGCUUGUUCGGCACUGGUCACUAUAUGAGAGUAUGCUACACAGUCCUUAUCUCGCUCCGCGACUACAUGUUUGGACCGAGAAUGGUCGCAAGCGAUUACACAAGCUCCUGGCUAAAAUGGGCAUCAGUUUGACCCAAUGCCACCAAUAUUAUACCCACAUGGAUAUGGAGUUAAAGCGUGUCUUACGAUCACGUUUGCUCAAAUACGCUCCCAUGUACGGUUUAGAUGGUCUCGUGCCCGCAGAGGGCACCGGAAGUGCCAGUGCUAGAGAAGGUUGGGGGUUCGUACGUUGCUGGGGCUGGAAGGCCUGCCUUUCAGCUACAGACGUUGGCGUCAUUGUGGGUGCAAUGCUAGAAGUCGGACCGCACGAGGUUUCACCGUCCUGGGACUCCAGACGCCUUCCUGGAGCGGGUGGAAAUAAUAAUUCGGAGGGUGGCGUCACUGCAGCUGAAUCGGACUUGGAGAGCCUUCUUCCGCGAUUCUGGGGUGCUUACGAUGCUCUUUCAUUAACGUCAGAGUCGCCCACACUUCUCCUGGAGUCUUUGCCCCUAGCCCAACACCUACACCGUGCCAUCCUUCGUACUGGUACCUCUCUGCUGUCCAAACAUCAAAUUCGCCACCUUCACGCAUUCCGUAUUGCUGUUGUUAAAGAUGGCCCUGACGUGAAGCUGUUCACCAAUGCCGGUGCCUUGACGAAACUAGCCUUGUGGAUUGCCGAGGCCAUUCGGGUCCAAGAGAAAGAACGUGGUGAUUCCGUGAAGAUCGGUCGCAAGAGAGCAGCUGGGACUCCUCUUGUCCUCGCUGGCCUCGAUGAAGACCGCGAUCUCUAUGUUGUUGUUGGCACUGGAGGAGGUGGUGGUGUUGUCGACUUUGGUGCUCUGUCCAAACGUCAAGACGAACGAAAGAAGAAGAAGGAAGCACGGGAUAAGAAACAGCAGGAGAAAGCAGACCGACGGGCUAAACGCGCAGCUGAGCGUGCCGAGAGAGAAGGCGGCAGCGAUGCCGAAGAAGAAGAAUCAGAAGAUUCCGAAUCCUCAUCGGAGUCUGAGUCUGAGGAUGAGGAAGACCCGCGUGGCAAGAAGCAUCUCCUUCGCAACCGAUUCGGAAUUGCCUUCCAAGAGGUCGUCCAGCAAACCAAUGCCCGUGUACGCAUUGACAGCUUCGAACACUGCGUUGUCGAGGUUCAAAAAGAUGAUCUCAGCGGUUUCUUGGAGGCACUGAGUUUCCGCAGUGUGGUGGGCUAA